UGCCUCUGUGAAAUUUAAUUUACUAAUGGACCCACGGGAGUUAUAUUGUUUUCUACCAAUAUCCACGAACCGUUUGAUUGAAUUCCUCUAUUUGUGUGAACUAAAAGAAAAUAACUAUUUUACGAAAACGAAUGUAGCGCAUGAAUAUUUUAAAGGUUUUCUCGCAUUUUGAUUGGAUAAUUUUCAUCGGACUGGAAUCAUCUUCUCAAAUAGAACCAGUAACACCUACAGCGGCGGAAGUUGAAUAAUUUGAUUUUCACUACAUCACAAGAGGACUUUAUCUGUGACGACAUACAUUUGUUUCUUCUUUUUCACAUUUUAGCAUUUGCUUGCAACUUUUCCUGCUUAUAAUUAUUUGUUAUAAAGUUGUGAAUAUAUGAAGUGAUGCCGUUUGGAAACUUUCAAACACUCAAGGAAAGAAUCAUCUACCCUGCAAGAGAUGCCGCGUCCUCCGCAAAAUCUUCUAUUUCGAGAUAGGAAAAUGGCAAUUACAAGGGUUAUGCGGAAGGAUGCCGAUGAAAAAUCCUUUGUUAAAUAUGACGAACUUGACGAAGCGUAUAUAGACGAAGAGGAGGCUCCAAAGUCAAAACCAUUCCAUUUUAAAUGUGACUGCUGUCGAUGUGUUUCCCAACGCUACCUUAUCGCAUGUCUUAGCAGUAUAGGAUUUAUAAUAUCAUUCGGAAUACGAUGCAAUAUGGGAGUGGCUAUUGUUACAAUGACUAAAGAGUUGGAAUCUAGUAGUGAUAGUGAUAGUAACUUUUCUACAUUUUCUAACACUUCUCAACAUAAUAAAACUCAUCCUUUUUUACGUUUACCUGAAUUUACAUGGACACCAGAAACAAUAGGUGCAGUGGACAGCUCUUUCUUUUGGGGUUAUAUUAUAACGCAGAUACCGGGAGGGUAUCUAGCAUCCAGACUGCCUGCUAACAGGAUAUUUGGUCUUGCAAUAGGAACAUCUGCUUUCUUAAAUUUACUUUUACCGGGUGCUGCACAGGUGCAUUUUGGUCUUGUCAUGGCGGUUAGAAUUUUACAAGGAAUAGUCGAGGGAGUAACUUAUCCUGCAUGUCAUGGUAUGUGGCGGCAUUGGGCUCCUCCACUUGAACGUUCUAAACUAGCAACCAUAUCAUUCUGUGGUUCAUAUGCUGGUGCAGUUUUGGGAAUGCCCCUGUCUGGUAUAUUGACAAAGAAUUUUGGUUGGCAGUCUGGAUUCUAUGUUUUUGGUGCUAUGGGUAUCAUAUGGUCUAUAUUUUUUUGGUUCUUUUCUUUUGAAAGACCAGCGUGCAAUCCUUAUAUAUCUCAAGAGGAACUUAUUUAUAUAGAAACAUCAAUAGGUGAAAACACAUCACUAACAAACAAAAACAUGAGGACGCCAUGGUUAAGCUUUUUUACAUCCAUGCCAGUAUAUGCUAUAAACGUAGCUAAUUUCUGUAGAAGCUGGACAUUUUAUCUGCUUAUUAUUAGUCAGCCUAUGUAUUUCAAAGAAGUUUUUCAUGACGAUGUUGCCAAGAGUGGCAUUCUGUCGGCACUACCUCAUCUAGUUAUGGCUAUUAUUGUGCCUAUUGGUGGACAAAUAGCGGAUAAUCUACGACAAAGACAUCUCACCACUACUACUGUUAGAAAAAUAUUCAAUUGUGGAGGCUUUGGACUAGAAGCUUGUUUUCUAUUGGGUGUUGCUUUUGCACGUGAUAAAACUGCAGCAAUGGUGUGUUUGACAUUAGCAGUUGGAUCAAGUGGUUUUGCCAUUUCAGGUUUCAACGUUAACCACCUUGACUUAGCACCACGUUAUGCUUCCAUUUUGAUGGGUCUGUCAAAUGGGAUUGGUACACUUGCAGGAAUGAUGUGUCCAGUUGUUACCGAGUUGUUAACUAAAAAAGGGACUGCAGAUGAGUGGCAGAAUGUCUUCAUUAUAGCCAGCGUGGUUCAUUUUCUUGGAAUAACAUUCUAUGGAAUAUUUGCAUCCGGGGAACAACAACACUGGGCAGAACCACAUGGGGAAGAUACAUGGAGACCAGAAGAUACACUUAAACCAGAUACAACUGGAAAGUUCUUGUCUUACGGUGCGUUCCAAGAACAAACAUCUGAUUACAAAGGACCAAACAAUGGAGUUAUAGCAAUGAAUGGAAACGUUGGAAAUGGGCACACAGGCUUCAAUUCAUCAAAUAAUUCAAAAGGACCACGUGAUCGAAAUGACGAUACAUCACAGUCCUCGUUUGGACAAUAUUCAUUCGAUGGACCAAUGUAUGAAACGAAGGAAGAAUUAGUACAAGUUCAAUCUAGGGACAGAUAUUUAAGUGAGGAUCGUGAUUUAUGAAAAAAACUUCUCUUAGGAAUAUUACGGAAUUUUAAAACAAAACAUUUCACGUUUUCUCUGAUAGUUUAUUAUUAUUAUCAUUAUUAUUAACAACGAUGCUUGCUAUGUAUUGUUUAUGUUCAAUCUAAAUGUUUCAAUGUUUUAAACACUCUUAGUUAUAAUUGUUUCCGAGUAUAUAUAAUUUUAACACUCUAGAAUACAGUAAAGAUCGCACGGAAGUUAGAUAUAAGGAAAGUUCAUAAAACUUGUUACGACCAUCAGAGACAAUAGGAAAUAGAGUUAGGCUACAUUGUUUUUGAUAGCAGAGGGGCAUUGGGUUUUAUGAUAUGUGCGUCCGUUCGUUUGUUCGUUCGUUAGUCCCUCCUGCUUCAGGUGAAAGUUUUUGGUCAAGGUAGUUUUUAAUGAAGUUGAAGUCCAAUCAACUUGAAACUUAGUAUUCAUAUUACUUAUGAUGUGAUCUUUCUAAUGUUAAUGCAACAUUUGGGUUUUGACCUGGAUUUCACGGUCCACUGAACAUAGAAAAUAAUAGUUCGAGUGGGGCAUCCGUGUACUAUGGACACACUCUUGUGAUAAUGAGUAUCAAGAAAAGAAAUGUAAGUUAACCAUAAAUACUAUUAACACCAAAAAAUUGUAGUCAGUUAAAGUACAUAAAAAUUAUCUUAAUUUUGCAAAAAUAGAAAAAAAAACAUACUGAACCUACACACCUGGGUUUGAUAAAAAAAAAAACUUUUGACUUUCUGAGAAACUUGACAAUAGACACAACUUUUUCAGACAUAAAAUAAUUCGGUCGUUGCUUCCAUUUUGUCACUUCUAGUAAUAGCUUACUUUUUGGUAAAAUAGCAUCACAACAAUUACUGUAAACCAACUUAUUUUCGCGUUUAACCCUUUCUAGUAAUCUUCGCUUCUAUUAGAUUUCGUGGAUUUCUAAUUUAAUUCAAGUAGUUACAUAAAAAAAGAUCUAAGUUUUACGUAUUCGCAACAAUGUAUAUUCGCGUUAUUUUUCUACUCGCGAAAGUCGCGAAAAUAAAUCACUCGCAAACAUAGGUUGGUUUACAGUUAGGUGACAUUUAUGUGUAUCAAAUCUCGUUAAUUUUGUUGGUCUAGAUGUAAGUAGGCCUAGUAGUUUGUUUAACGAUGUCAUUUUAUAGAUUGACCAAGAUGAGCUUACCUGCGGUUGCAUGUUCAAGAUUAUAUGACCGGUGUUUGUUUUUUUAUUGUAGUAAGUGGAGAUUAAGAAUGGUUAUGCCAGAAACGAGUGUUCACAUCUAGAACUGUUUAUGUGUUCCACUCUAAAACUCUCUAGGUGUUCAAUCUAGAAGUCUUUAGGUGUUCUAACUUAAUUAUUUUGGAGACGAGAUAUUUUUCUUGUAAUGUGUCUUCGUUUGUUAUUUACAAUGUAUAUUGUUAUGUUUACAAUUGUUUAAGUAUUAUAAAGUAUUGUUCUUCGCGAAAUGUAAUAACUUGCUAUAAUCAUGCUCGAAUUAUACAAUUGUUAUAGUUUUGUUAAUUCUUGGAAAUGCUUUUCUGUAAUUUUUCUUCUUAUUCUUGUUGACGUUUGAUAUGAUAUUCUAGUCAUGUUUAUUUAUUAUUGUUUCGGGUACUUAGUAGUUUUUUAUCAUUGUUACUGUUUUGUUAAAUGUAAAUAAAUAUACAUAAUGAAAUAUAUCAUAUACAGUUUAUCUACACAAUUCGUAUGGUUUACGUUUAAAUGGAAUGGAGUACAUCAAAUUAUCUGAUAUCAUACUAAUAUCGAAUAGUGGAUUUUUUUCAUAGAAGAAAACAUUCUUAAAAAAUUUCGUUGGUUGGCAUUUUUUAUAUUGGGUAAUUUUGCGUUGUGAACAUACUAACUAAAUAUUAGAAAUUUUUCGUCAAUACAUGCAUAACUUAUAAUACGCCAAUUAAAAGGUAUUUACUAUAUUUACCCGUAUCGUAUUGAGAAAUGUAGAAUUAUGCAAAUAAAUCUUUUACAAAUCUGAA